AUGCCGCUCACCCCCUCUUUGAUUGCAGACGCUGUCCGCAACUCAGCUGAUGCUGGAAUCACUCUUGUUCUGUCUAAAAAGAACAUCACUGAAGUUGGUGCGGAGGCUGCGGAAGAGCUGGCGAGCAUAGGAACGGAGGAGCAAGACGUUCUCGAGAGACUCGCUCUUGGAAACAAUCGGCUGACAACUCUUCCAACAGAGUUUGCCUCACUUUCGCGUCUGCGAUACUUGAACCUGAAGCACAAUGGCUUCUCGACUUUCCCUGACGUUUUGACUUCCAUGCCCUCUCUGGACACUCUGGACGUCAGUCACAACAAGAUCAAGUAUUUUCCUUUGCGACCUGGUCAGCUCCUGCAGUUACGAGUUUUCUGUUUUGCAAGAAACAAAAUUACAAGGUUGCCCACCUAUCUCCCGCACUUCCAUAACUUGGAUGUAUUGCAAUGGGAACGCAAUCCCAUCGAAUGGCCGCCAAGCAAUGUGAUGAGAGCUGUCGUUGCAGAUGGGAAAGGCAUGAAAGAUUGGAUAAAAGCCGUUCAGAGUUGGAUAGAAAGCGAGAAUCGUGCUACAAAAGAACUAGAGGAUUCUGGAUACAGCGAACAGGCGCCAGUUUGGGAUAGCAGCUUGGAAAAAGAUCACUCUUGGCGGUUCCCAAGUCACGACAGGGCACUCGAUGUGGGGGCUCCUCACGUCCGAUCGAUUUCUGUGGACUCUAAUCUCUCUAUGUCAUCUAUCGCGGAGUCCUUGCAAGAAACCGAACCUUCCUUUCAGGAUGUCCUAGACCAGCACCCGGUACCCCUUCUCUUUGAUAACAUCACCUCUGGGAGUGUCGAUCUAUCACCUACAGGUUCUUUCGGAAGUUACCUUCCCAGCCCAGGAGAAACGGAUAGCUUUGAAAUCACGUCUGGGGCUGACGAAUUGAAUCGUUACGAUUUACAGUACUCGUCCCAACAGUCGCACUUUCGGACUUCGUCCUACGCCGAACACCGAAGCAGCGGAUCUGCUAAAAUUGCCCCGAAAAACAGCCUUCCUGAUCUUCGUAGCACAAACUGGAUUCCAACGAUUGAAACCCCUCAACCGCCAGAAAGGGGGCUACCUUCGCUGAGUAAUAGGUUGAAAUCGGAGAAUUCUGAUAACUCAACUGUUGCUUCACAUCUUCACGACCACGAACCAGACCACAUGUCUACUACAUUAACCGAGAACUUGGUUUCCUCAAAUCAUUCGGUCCCAUCGAUGGCUUUUGAGCGCAACUCUUAUUUUCGUCGUCUAUCCUCGAUGCCUUUUUCUACAUCUCUUCCAAACCCUCUUAUUUGCCUCGUGGAGACAGCGCGUAGCAUUCUUUUUGCUAUGAGCCAGGUCUACCAAACCAUUGAACAUUACGCCAAUCAUGCCAUUGAUGAUCGAUAUUCUUCCGUCUUCAAGAAGGUUCUGGAUCCUGCGAGUGCAAGUAUGAUGCAACUGAUUCGGUCCCUUGACCGAUUCGAUGCUGUAAGCCAAAAGACAUUACCCCCUCCUGCGGUUUGCCGAGGCUUGGUAGAGAGCUGCAGGAGUACGAUCACCGUUUCUGGUAAAGCUAUCGGUGUUUUAGCUUUGCAGCUACGCUUAGCUCAAUGCGACGACGCAAGAUACUCAAGGUGGAUAGUACUGGAACUUUACGCGGCUAAGGCAGAGAUUUCGGCGGCAUGGCAGGAUUUGCUUCCGCAUAUCGAAACACUUAGGCCAUUCUUGCAAGGGAAAGCGAUAUUCGGGCACUCAGCUUCCAUUGGUCUGCCGAUACCUGAAGUACUGUCGAUCUCUCCUUCUUCAGAUCCUCUCUACGCGGCACCUCGUUUGCGAUCGAUGGACAACCUCUAUCCUCCUGCAUCAACUCCCUCCGUAGGACGAACUCGCACAGCUAGACGGCACGCAGGUUCUUUCAGUUCCAAAGAUGUGGAAAUUGGAAAGCAACUUCCCUCCUACGACAUAUUCCCCGCUUUGGUUGGAGGGGUUGCUCUCAAUACACCCACACUUCGUACCCCAAAGCGGCAAACCACAGCUCCAGUGUUGGCAUCGCCAACGCCCAGAACGUUUCCCCUUACAACGCCCACGGCUUUCCCUAGCAUUACCCACGUUCAAGAAGAUAGCAAUUUAAGGCACUCCCGUCGUGGUUCCUCUAGUUCACUCCUAGCAUCGUCCGCAUCAGCCUCAUCACUUUCCUUAAUCACGACUAGUUCACUUUUAGAAAUUCCAUCGAACUCCAAGACACAGGUUGAUAGAGAAGCGUUACAAGCUGUCACAGACGCUGUCCAGAUCGCUCCCACUAUCUUGGAUAUGCUGGAGGAGGCACUGGGGGAUGUGUUGUCCUCCAACGCUGAUAUCCGACAAAGCCUCGAAAGGGCGAGAGAUGUCACGAUUAGGUUGUCCCACCUCGCCCGGGCGGCGUCGAGCUGGGACCGUGCCGCUGAUAAAACGAUCCUCCGCGAGGAUGCACAUCUGUUCCUCAAGGCCGUGGUUCAAAUUUCAAACAUAAUUAAGACUUACGGCAGCUCACGUUCCAUGUCGUCUACACUACGGUCCAAUAUGGUGAAACUAACAAAUUCAACUGAAGAGUUUGCCAUCUUGCUUCAUGUUUCCUCAUUUUCUCCAUCAUCACCGGGCGUACUCGGCAUCUCUCCGGCGCAAAAUGUUUUCUAUAUGCCAGAGGACAAUCGGCUGGGUUCAAGUCUGUCACGAUCUCGAAGCGCGCAACCCGUGCCAACUACGAAGCACCCACCUGCAUACGAUGUGCCGCAUAGUGCAUUGCCUUCUGCUUCUUUUAAGAUUCCAAAUGUUCGGCGACUGAGGGGUGCUCUCGAAGCUCGCAACGACAACUCAGAACCUGGGUGA